GCCAGUUGAGAGCGAGUGGCCGCCGUGAGCAGCACGGCUGAAGCGGAGCUGGCAGCCAGAAGUCCGGAGCACGCAACACGUAACCGAGCCGCCCCAGGUGGAGGCGGGGGAGGCAGCCGACGGGGAGGCGGGCAGCCAUAGGCUUUCAGUGCUGUAUACCCAGGGAGCCCCCAAAAAAAAAACAAAAGACGAAAAGCCCAGAGCCACAACUAGCUGAUUUCAACGUCCUCCGUACUUCAAAGAAACCACCAGAAUUUCGCAGAUCAUGCCCAGAGGCCGAGGCAGUGCGCCUUAGUAGAUCGCCAAGAUGAUUAUUCGCCUGCGCUAUGGAAGACGACUACAGACCUAUCUGAAGAUAGGAGCCUGUGUGCUCGUGGGCGUCUGCUACUUCGCCUUUCUCUUCCGCGAGUCCCUGAACGCCUACGAGCAUCGGGAGCGAGUCGCUGCCGCCGAACUGGAGGCGGAUGUCUCGGAGCCAUCCAAGCAGCAGCUCAAGCUCAAGCGGCAGCAGUUGCAGCGCCAGCGAUUGCUGAGCAAGCAGCAGGAGCAGCAGAGUAAGGUGACCACCAACGCCAGCUCCGGCAGUUCAGCGGCCGCAGCUGCAGUAAUCGCACCUUCUCCCAGUGCCCUCACCUUGUACGAGUACUCCGAGGAGCUGCACAGCCGGACGGAGCGGGAGCUGCAGAAGAGGAGCGAGCACUUGGCCGCCGUCUGCGAACGGUAUAAGCUCCAGGAAAAGUACCCACCGAAUCCCUGGGAGUUCUUCGUCUCGCCCGGCCAUAAUAAUCUCGUGUGGUGCAAUGUCUUCAAGGCGGCCAGCAGUACUUGGAUGUAUUACUUUAAUAUUUUGGCUGGCUAUGAUGUGAAGUAUCUUCAACGAACCGAGAUGCAGCCCCUGGAGUUGGCCAGGAAGCGAUUUCCCAGGCCGGAGCUCGCCGAGUUGAUGGAACUCCUGCCCAGUGCCCUGUCCUUUCUGUUUGUAAGAGAUCCCUUUGAAAGGAUACUGAGCGCCUACCGGAACAAAUUGGAGGGCAACAAGAACACCUUCUACAAGGCGCUGGGGAACAAAAUCGUGCACCGCUUCAGGAGACGGCAACUGGGCGGGCCGUGGCCGAGAUGCGGACCCACCUUCGAGGAGUUUGUGCGAUUCCUGAUCGCCGAGCAUGAGGCGGGAAAGAAGUUCGACGAGCACUGGGCGCCCAUCUACAGCUUCUGCACGCCGUGCAGCGUCAAUUUUACGAUCAUCGGCAAGACGGAGACGUUCCAGCGCGACUCGGAGUACAUCAUUCGGCAGGCGGGCCUGGAGUCCUUGCUGCUGGGAUUGGGGAAGCUGCCGCAGAGGAAGCUGCGCAAGAUCGGCAACCAGGCGCGCAGUGGGGUCAAGUCGGAGGCCCUGGUCGAGCGCUAUUUCGACGAUCUCGACCGCUCAACGUUGGACCAAUUGCUCAAAAUAUAUCGCAUCGACUUUGAGCUGUUUGACUACGACUACCGCAAGUACUACGAUAUGGUGAAUCCCUGGAGUCUCGAACAGAGCACCGCCGGGGUCCAAGCCGGGGUACACCCUACCACGACCACAACUACCACCUCCUCGGCGGGGGCCUCAGCGGCUGUGGUGGGGAACGGGGCUGUUACCCAGGGUCAGGUCACAUAGGUCAGUCAAUCAGUUCGGAGGCGAUGGGUCGUGAAACAAUCUUAUCAUGUACCUUUUACCAACACUCGAAGACAAAAACACUAAAAAACACACGAAUAACACGAAAAACAGAACCCAACCGAAGCUAACAAAUCUACCAAAUUUUAAGGCCAAAUCAACGUUUUCCAAAAACGCAAAAACCAAAAAACACUCUUGACCUCUCUUAGAUAAUGCCAAAAAAAACAAAACUACAAAAAAUAACUAUAAAUAAUUAACGAAAUUAAACAAUGACAAAAAGGUUCGACCCAAGGAAACUUAGUUAGAAGAUUUAGCAUUUUGAUGGAUUUUUUCAGCCACCAAAAUUCAAAAACGAGACCCUAAAAUUUUACAUGGCGUGGCAUGUGUUGUGUUGUAGUUAGAUUUAAGUACCUCUACAAUUUACAGUCGCACUCUGAUAACAAAACAAAACCGAUAUACUUAUAUAGCUAAUGGAUAUUAUACAGACCUCUAUACCAAAUAUCGAGAACGCUAUUCUUCAAGGCAAGGCUGGAGAGUUAUAUACAAGCACAAAGUGGACAACAAGUGGUCUCUAAAAUCAGAAACGAAACUCUGUAUUUACACACAUAUAGUAUUUACAACCAAAUCCCCCUAAAAGAAACCAAAGAUACCAAGUCCUCUACAACCACAACAUAUGGUACUUACUAUUAUUAAGUUAUUAUAUUUACCUAUAUAUAAACGAAAUUUAUAAACAGGUCUUGAUCUAUGUCUAUAACUUUUGUGGACUAGAUACGUUUUUCCUAGGCUUAAUGACGGACGGAGGAUAUUACGGUUUUCUACAUGGAAAAUUAUACCAAAGAAUGGACAGAAAGUAAUUACAAAUUAUGAAAGUGAAAGUGAAACCCCGAUAAAACAAGAAAACUUUUCAUGUGAUGUUUAAGGAUUUAUUAUAAAGGCAAAGAAUAUUUAAUUAUUAUACUUAUACUGUAUUUCAGAUAUUGAUAAAUGAAAACCAGAACAACACACGAUAUUAUUCUAAAUAAAUUUAAAAUUUUCCAGACUUUUUUCGUUGUAAAAUAAAAAUAAAUAAUCUCUUUACCAC